AUGAGGUUGUCGCCUCCUUCCUUCAUCACAACACCAGCCAUUGUCACCUUGUUGUUGUUGAGCCCAACCACCUCCUACUGCCUCUCAUUUCACCCCCAAGGGAAAAACAAAUUGUGGAGGCUGGAGGCAGCUCCUGGUGGUUCUCGAUGGCACAACUACAACAACAUCACCACCCCUUCUUGGUGGUUGUUGUGCUUAACAGUUGGUGGUGUUAAUGAUGAGAAUGUAGGUGGGAAAAGAAAUUUUGGUGGGUCUAAACAUGGAGGUGAAGGUGCCCCCCUUUACACGCAUGCACCCACUAACACCCUCAAAUCCCUUAUAAAUUUCCCCUUCCAAUUCCCACUAUCUACAUCGUUUCUCCGAUCUUCUCUCUUUUCCGACCACCAAGCUAUGGAAGUUGUACUCAGACUGGUGGAGAGUCCUACUCCUCCCUACUACGAACCACCGCAACACCAUUCCGAUUCAUAUCGUCCGACGUUAGGGUUUCCUCUCGGCACCGCCUUACUGUUAAUCAUCAUAUUCAGCCUCAGCGGUUUCUUCUCAUGUUGUUACCAUUGGGACAAGCUCCGCCAUCUCCGAGGAUCGAUGGCCGAAGCCGAAGCUGAUUCCGAUGACUCUCCUUCCAAACCAAAUCCUACAUUCGCGGAAAAGGAUAAAGUAGAGAAACAGAGUUUACCGGUGAUAAUGCCGGGAGAUCGGAUCGCGAAGUUUAUAGCAUUGCCGUGUCCGUGUAAACCACCGCGAGAAGAGAAAAUCACGGUGGAAGUGGUUACGAAACCACCGCUGAAACCACCGCAUAUUGUUAUUCCGAUGAAUUAAAUUCAUACUGAAAUUACUUCAAUUUCCUCUGUAUAUAUCGUUGUGAAAUAUAAAAUCCAAAAUUAAAUUAAAUUUUUUUUAUCGUUAUUUAUUAUCUCAGUUAAAAAUGUGAGAAAUCGUAAGCUUCAUUAUUUUAUUUAAAAUUGC